CGUUUCGUGUUCUGUUAAAAAUUUAUCGCACACCGUCUAGACAAAUUCAUUUUCGGCAACGUCAAGUUCACGCGGAUCUAAAAUGGCGUCGAUACCGGAAGGGACAAAGAAUUUCUUACGACGAGCUGUUAUCACCACCGAUACGCAGAAAGGACUCACAGAGUACUUUUUGUCCAAGCGAGAGGACCGUAAUGUUAAAAAGUAUCCUGAAUGGGACAAACCGAGAAGUUUCCCGGCUUCGGAAGUGGUGAGAGCACAUUCUGAGUUAGCAAAAAUCGAGGAGAAAUUACGCGCGAAAUGGACCGAACGAGAGAAAAAACGGAGAUACAUGGACGAGCAGUGGGACGAGAUGAGGCGACAGGAAUUAAUCUUUCGCGAGUCGUUUAUAAAAUUUAAUAAAUUCGUCAGGGAGAAUCAGGAGAAACGCGAUCGCGCGGAGCUUAAAAUUAAAGAAGAACGCGAACGCCAGAAAUUACGACGGGAAGAAAUCGAUGAUUUGACGACAAAGCUGAGUUACAUGAAAGACGUUCGAGAGAAAAUGAAGGAACACGUGGGGGAGUAUAAAAAGUACCAAAAUUAUUUGGAGAAAGUGAUCACCGAUACAGGGGAAUUUCAAUCUAUCAGUGAGAUCUUUAAUCGCUACGAAACCUUAAUCGAGGCAAGAUUGAUAUUGUCCGAGCAUCAGGAUAAGAACCUUCAAACGCUAGAGGAGACGGGAACAGAAAUAUAUCAAAUGACCGAUUUAAAAACUCAAAAAAUGAUGGGACUGAAUACUAAAUUGGCAAAAUUACAAGGAAGGCGUGACAGAGCAGAGGCGAAAGCUUUGAAAUGGGAGACGAUCGUGUCGAAGAUAAAAGCAAACGCCGUAGAGAAAAAUUUGAAACAUACGCAAGUGAAAACGUGUUGCUGGAAUCUGUACCAACAGAUCUGCGAGAGAAAAGGCAUUCCCGCCACUGUGAGCAAGGACGAUUUCGAGCAACAGCUGGAUCACAUUAAACGUACUAUUCUCGAACUGAAGCGGAUCAUCAAAGUCGCAAGAAAAUGGGCGGCGAAGGGGAAAGCAUGAUAAUUCUCGACUCCGUUUCAACUGUUUGUAAAUAAAUAUAUUUUAUCGCAAAGAAGUAAAAUGUAUACUAAUAAAUACAUUAUCACUAUUUAAAGGGAAACUGAAAGAUAAAUUAAAGUCGAAUUACAAUUAACAUCUACGAUGGUAGUAUCUUUUCUUUUUUAAUAAAAUGUAUCCAUCAAACGGAUAUAUAAGACGGAUAUUAAAAUUCUGCGAUAGUCCAUGAAAAUUCGUGUGAAAUUAAUC